UUGAUUUUUGAAUUUGUAGAAUUAUUUGAGACAACAAUCAAGUUGAAGUUGACAACAUUCAAACGAAAGUUAAUACCAAUCCGUUAGCUAUAAUUUAUUAAUUAAUCAUAAAUCGAAAUGGUUUAUAAAACGUUUCACAAAGGAAAAUAUUUCAUAACUUUCAAAAGGGGUUUCGAAGAGUCUAAAAAAGAUUUAACGCUGGCAGUGGAAAAACUCUUCGAAAACGAUAGUUUGAGGAUAACAUUAUCAGAUGACGAAGACCCAACAUUUUUAUGUAGAAUCAAUUUGACGCGGUGUGACUAUGAAGAUCUAAAAAAGCAACAAGGACUUCUUGUAGACUUUGAUAACUUUCCUUCACAAGUUGUGAGACUUCUGCAGCAAUGUGCUUCAAAUAAUAUGUUUUUGAUUGUUCAACAAAAAAGCCCAAUCCAGUAUAACUUUGAGGUAGUGGAACACAACGAGUUUAGACGUCUUGUCCACUUAUCAUUGAAGACUGGACCAGCUUGUGACAAUGACGUUAAACAGCACAUGGCAGAGACUGUUGCAGAAUUAAAAAAAGUAUUAGCUGCAUUAAAAAGUUCAGCUUCAAACAAUGAAAUGAUGUGGCAUGAGAAGAGCUUGAAGAUGGAAGCAAAGAUCCAAAACCUUACACUAACUUUGUCUAAAAUGGAAGAAGAUAAGCUGAGGCAUGAGAAGGAGUUUCACGAUGCCUUAAGAAUGGAAAAAGAUAAUCUGGCACAGGAAAAAUUACAAUUACAACGGAGUGCAGAGAUAAACACAAACAACCUACUUGCAAUAUCACAGGAAAAUUUAGCGAAAAAAGAGAAAGAGAUUGAGGAAUUAAUACACAGUAAUAAACAGCUACGAGAUAAUAUUACACAAUUAGAAUAUCAGAUAAGUGAUAAAGCGCAAAGAACAAAUUUAUUAGAAAAAGAAGUGCAAAAGACUCAUAUAGAAGUGGCAACAUUAAAAGCUAAGAAUACAACUUUAGAAAGAGAUGUUUUAGAGAAGGAAAAACAAAUAAAUCAACUUAAUUCAAAAUGUGCAUAUUUAGAAAAGGCAGUCAAAGACAGUUCAGAUAACAUAAAGGAGUUAAAUGAAAACAUACAGGCGUACAAGAUGGAAAAGGCUAGCCUCGAGAGACGUUUGACAUUAACCGAAUCUCUAGCGCAUAAAAACACCGAGGCUGCACACUCUACUACCGAACAACUGAUGAAAGCAAAUCAAAUUAUAUCCAAACAAAACAACGAGCUUAUUGAAAUGAAAGAAAAGUUGUUAUGCAGAACCGCGAUAGCUUUAGAACAGGAGAAAGUAAUCGAGCGCAACACAAAAGAAAUACAAGAUCUGAAAUCGGAAAUAGAUGUAACAAUUGACUCUAUGGAUAAACUUAGAAGCGAACUUGAGUCACUAAAGGAGAAAUAUGAAAACAACGAACAAGCGCUCAAAGAUCGUGAUGAAACUAUUAAGAAUAAUAAUAUGGUUAUCCAGUGGCUUCAUAAAAAAAUGGAAGAAAAUGAAUCCGCCAAUGAUUAUGGCCAAAACAAAUGCAAAACAGAUCUUCAAUCGGCGACAAGUUCAACGCCUUACUUCUUAAGAAAAAAUGUACAAAACGAUUCUUCACAAGAAACCGACGAAACUAUCAACUUUUAUGGCACGUCUAAACUAUCAAGUGUAGAAGAGAGCCCGCAGCCUUUUAUCAAUAGCAAAAAUGGGUUGGAUCCAAAGUACCUGAAACCAGCAAGUGAUGAUAAUUACACUCAGAGAAAAGACUUGCAGCCUUCAUCAACUACACAAAGGAAGGGAAAGGAAAACAAGAUGGCUGAUUUACCGAAAGUUGAUUAUAGAGAAAAAAAAUCCUCCAGACCUAGCACAUACCGCGCAACUCCUGUUUCUGCAUAUUUUCCGUGAAUUAUCUAACUGAUUACUAAAAGCAAGAGUUAUGGAUUGACCAACGAUUUUAUUAUUUGUCUGUAAUAUAUUUUAUAAAAGAAGUGUAAAAUAAAAAUAUAAA